AUGCUCAAAGUCGCAACGCUUCUCGCCACGGCCAUGUUGCUGUGCCCUGGUGAAUGCAAUUUUCAUGCUACCGGGAUUCCAUCUAUUCCAAAGGACAGUAGUCCCAUCCCCAACGAUUUGCAAUCAAUUUCGAUCGAAUUCGCCUAUUUUCCCGACUACGCUGGAAACAAGUCACAGCCCAAUACUUUCUCAAAGAAUCUACUGCAUAACCUCAAAGCUAUCACUGGCAUCGCGCCUAAAGUGAGGGUUGGAGGCACUUCGCAGGAUCAUGCGACAUACUUCCCCAAUCAGGAAGACAAUAUUCAUCUCAUCUAUGAAAAUCCUACUGAUGAUCAACCAAUCCAGAUCAAUUAUGGUCCAACUUAUUUCGAAUCAUAUGACACCCUGGGAGAUAUCAAGUAUCUGCAUGGCUUGAAUAUGAAUCAAAAUUCAUCAUCCCAGCAGCUCAAAGACGCUGCCACAGAAGCUUGCACUUCUAUCGGUGACAAAUUGCACCUGUUUGAGCUGGGCAAUGAAUUUAAUUUUGCGCCAGGGAAAUAUCGCGCUGCCAACUAUUCGCUACUUGAUUAUGUUCACGAGUGGGACAUGAAGUCAGCUACUGUGAAGAAGGCCGUGGAGAAAGCUUGUCCUGAGUCUUUCCCUGGCUUCAUGGCUCCUAGUUUUGUAUUGAUUGACAAGAUUGUCACUACUACAUGGACGGCAGAAGAGCUCUUUGAUCUGGGAUAUGAUGCUAAAAAUCUCACCAAAGAGCUCUCUUUCCACAAUUACAUGGGUGUCAAUGCGCCCCCACUGCCCCCUGCCGCAUUUGACCUCCAGCGCACUCUGAUGAACCACACAAACAUCAUUCAGAAUUUAGCACCCCAAAUCCAGCGUGCCAAGAAUCUCGCCUACCUCGGUCAUCCAUACACAUUGGGAGAACUGAACUCGAUCGCGAACCAGGGCCGCAACGGCGAGACAAACGUACUCGGCGACGCCCUCUGGUUAGUCGACUUCUCUCUUUGGGCAGCAGAGCAUGGUAUGAGGCGUCUGCACUUCCAUCAGGGCCUAAACUACCGAUACGCCUCGUGGCAACCGAUGGAAAGUAAAGGAGUUGCCCCAACCACCAGGCCCCCAUACUACGGACAAAUAAUGGUUGCGAAUGCCAUUGGAAAGUCUAAAAAUACCCGCAUUGUGAAUAUCCCCCUGGCGGAAGAUACCGAGUCGGCGUAUGCUAUUUACCAUGGGAAGCGAUUGUCUAAGCUGGUCGUGACAAACCUGCGGGCUUUUAAUCAGACGACUUCGGGGACUCGUCCUCAUAGAGCUUAUAGCUUCCAUGUGCCUGCACGUCAUUGCAGCGCUAAGGUGGAGCGUUUGAUUGGUCCGGGCAGUGACGCGCUUGUUAAUAUCACCUUCGGGGGUAUUUCCUAUGAUUAUGCAUUGCGUCGGGGGAAGCCCGCUCUUGUACAUGGCCCGGAGGAAGUGGCUAGGGUGAGAGAUGGUGUGCUGGCUGUGGAGGUUCCCGAUUCGUCUGCGGUUCUUCUUACUUUGGAUUAG